GUCCAUUCAAUAUGCUAUAACGUGUUAAGGGAAUGUAUUGACCAACUUCAGUCACGGUCAUGCCCCGGUUUAACUAGAUGCUCGCCUCCGUCAUGUCGUUAUGCGUGGGUAUUGGCUGUGCAAGGCAAAUUAUGCAGAUUUCUGGGGAGGAGGGCUGAAGGCUGGGCCAAAGGAAUGCUACGUGUCUUGGAAGUCCCUUUUAACCCCCCCUCAUCUUCUUCAGUUAAUAUUACCGUAGCGAAAAAGUUUGAAGGUUCCAGAUUAAGCGGCAGCCUCCCUCCCCAUCCAGACCUGUCUGUGUCUGUGUGAAGUACAGUGGUCAGCAGUCAGUCGGCGGUGUUAGUACAGCGAAAUGUCCGGCGUGAAAAGGCUUCGCACGGUGGUCUCCCAUCCAGAUACUGGCCAGGACCAGCUGUUCUAUGUCCCUACCACUGUGAGACCAAAUCUGCGCCCUUGGUUACAAGCAUGCUUUGCCUCUGAAUAGAAUCUCAACAGGGCGACCAAUGUGGUGUACCAGGACCACCAUGUCAGCCGGAGCAAGAGAGGGCAGGUCGUGGGCACCAGGGGAGGCUUCAGAGGUUGUACCAUCUGGCUUACUGGUUUGUCUGGAGCUGGGAAGACGACCAUUAGCUUUGCCCUGGAAGAAUACCUCAUGUCCCAUGCUAUCCCUUGCUACUCCCUGGACGGAGACAACAUUCGCCAUGGCCUGAACAAGGAUCUGGGCUUCUCUGCCAAGGACCGUGAAGAGAACAUCCGUCGUGUUGCUGAGUUGGCCAAACUGUUUGCUGACGCUGGGCUUGUUUGCAUCACCAGUUUCAUCUCUCCUUUUUCCAAGGAUCGUGAGGAUGCAAGGAAGAUUCACGCAAGUGCUGGGCUACCAUUUUUUGAGGUGUUUGUCCAUGCUUCUCUUGAAGUGUGUGAGAGCAGAGAUGUCAAAGGACUCUACAAGAGGGCUCGUGCUGGAGAGAUCAAAGGUUUUACUGGGAUUGAUUCAGAUUAUGAGCAUCCUGAGGUGCCACAGCUUGUACUGAAAACUGGAGAGCUGUCAGUGAAUGAAUGCCUCCACCAAAUGUUGGAGCUGCUCAGGGACCAGAAUAUCAUACCAAGUGAGAUCAUGGAGGAGGUGAAUGAACUCUUUCUUUCAGAGAACACACUGAAUCUAGCCAUGGCUGACGCAAACACGCUUCCUACCAUCAGUAUCACCAAGUUGGAUCUACAGUGGGUGCAGGUGUUGGCAGAGGGCUGGGCUAGCCCUCUGAAGGGCUUCAUGAGAGAGAAGGAGUUCCUGCAGGUUUUACACUUUGGCAGCCUGUUGGAUGGUGGGGCCAUCAACAUGUCCAUUCCCAUCGUCCUGCCCGUGAGCACUGAGACCAAGCAGGAGCUGGACGGGUGCGUGGCUGUAGCUCUGGAGUACCAGGGUUCACGAGUGGCUAUUCUCAGGAACCCAGAGUUCUACAUACACCGCAAGGAGGAACGCUGUGCCAGACAGUGGGGCACCACUUGUCCACAACACCCUUACAUUAAGAUGGUUAUGGAAGGAGGUGAUUGGUUGGUGGGUGGUGACCUGGAGGUGCUGGAGCGAAUCAAAUGGAACGAUGGGCUUGACCAGUACCGCCUUACUCCACAGGAGCUCAAGCAGAGGUUCAAAGACAUGGAAGCAGAUGCAAUAUUUGCAUUCCAGCUGCGUAACCCGGUCCACAAUGGUCACGCCCUCCUGAUGAAGGACACCAAACGGCGCCUGCUGGAGCGAGGCUACAAGAAUCCAGUGUUGUUGCUGCACCCGCUCGGUGGCUGGACCAAAGAUGAUGAUGUUCCUCUGGACUGGCGGAUGAAGCAGCAUGCUGCCGUCUUGGAAGAGGGCAUCCUGGAUCCAGCCAACACCAUUGUUGCCAUCUUCCCCUCACCUAUGAUGUAUGCUGGACCCACAGAGGUGCAGUGGCACUGUAGAGCCAGAAUGAUCGCAGGAGCAAACUUUUACAUUGUUGGCCGGGAUCCUGCAGGCAUGCCUCACCCAGAGACAAAGCAGGACCUGUAUGACCCCACUCAUGGAGCCAAGGUCCUCACCAUGGCCCCAGGCCUCACCUCUGUGGAGAUCAUCCCUUUCAGGGUAGCUGCCUACAACAAGACUAAGAAGGCUAUGGACUUUUACGACACUGAGCGACAUGCCGAGUUUGAGUUCAUCUCUGGAACCAAGAUGAGGAACUUGGCUCGGAGCGGAGAGUACCCUCCAGACGGUUUCAUGGCCCCGAAGGCCUGGAACGUGCUGGUCCAGUACUACACUUCUCUCCAAAAGGACGCAUAAUCAAUACAGCAUUCAGAUCACCAGCCAAUAGCAUACUCUAAAAAAUCUCCCUCACAGAGAAUUUUUGAUAGAAUUGUUGUAUAUUAUGCAAAGAAUAUCCAUUCAGAGUGAUGAAUUGAGAUCACUAUGAAUAGCGAGUCAUUUUAAUAGGUGCUGGGUAUGCAGUUAUUGAAAAGUAUUUUAAUAAAUUAAACGUAAAUGGCAUUAGUUUUUAAGGAGCUUCAGAGCACAUUCCAGGAUGGAAAUGAUUUUUAUAUAUACAGUACGUUAUUGAAGGGUGCAUGACAACUGAGCAUGCACAUUUCAUUUUUACAGCAUUUUAUCACAAUUAUAUCAUUGUAGAGUAUAGGUCAGGCCACAUAGUUGUGUCGGAACCUGGCCCUAGUCCAAGAGUGUGGUGGCUGAACCUGAUCCAGACCCGACAAACACAUUUUAGUUCAUGUCCACCCCUGAACUGAACUUGAUGCCGCUGAGUUUGUGUAGUGCUUUUCUAUGGCCCAUGUGCUUCUUAAUAGUGUUGUUGUGCACUUAAAUGGCUCAUCAUUUAAAUUUUUAAGAGGACUAGCACUUUAAAUGACCCUACACUAAAGAAAAAUCUAAUCCAUUUACAUGACAAGUGCAACCUGUUUAGAGUAACUUUGGCCUACAUGACUGAACCCUAUGGGUCCCUUUGGGCUUGGUUCAAAUAUCCACCCUCUAUUGUGAAGUUGUACAACAUUGAUUUUAUUUUUACUUGGUGAAGGUGCCUUUCUCUCAAAUGUUAAUGGUAUUUUUUAAUUUUUUGCUGGCUUUUACCUGAAAUGUGUCUUAGAUUUGUGUGAUGUUAUAAACUGUGCAUUUGCAUUCAUGUAAUGAAAACCUACAGUUUUAGGAAGUUAGCAGGGUUGUCUGUGGAAAAAAAUGUACUAGGAAAAAAAAUGCCUAUGCAAUGUCUGUUCCAUGAUUACUGGAAUCCAGCAAAAAGACCUAUGUUCACUUUGGAGGAGGCAAGUGGUCAAGAAGUCAAUCUGAUAUAGCUGCAUGGAAAAUAAAUAGAUAUGCAAAUUAUUUUAUUCCGUUUUUAUUCAGGCUGCUUAGUGUUGAUGUAAUCCAGUGUACAAGUUUUCCCAAUACAGGGAAGGACCUCCUUCCUCACUACAGCAGCUAAUCUAUAUUUUUUGGUUGCUGGCUUGUUGCUGUUGUUGUUGUUUAACGAUUGUUGUCCGAAUAUUACGUUGAUGUUCUCUCAUUUCUAAUGGGCGGUCUGUAUAAAUGAAUUGCCCUUUAGGAUUAAUAAAGUAUUCUGAAUCUAAAUCAGAAAAUGAGUUUGUAAAUUACAGUAAUGAAGGAAAGUAAGGAAAGAAUCACUGGUGAGUGCCUAAUGCUUGGAUAUUCUGUGCUGUGGCCUGAACCAGAUGUCCUUUAAGAAUGUAUGUAAAUGUUUUCUUUUCUGUGAUACCUCUGGCCUGAUUUAGUCUGUGUGCCAGUGGUUAUCUAACAUACCUUAGAGCAAUGUAUGUCUGUACAAGGUGCAUACUUAUCAUUUUAAGAUCAAAGGUUGAAGUUGUUUGGGCAGUUGGGGAUUUGGGGGCUGCAUAGCCAAUGGUGCAAUGCUGCCAUCUGCUGGGAAACACAGGUACAGGGAGACACAAAGAGAAGGAGAAGCUACUGUAAAUGCAUGUGGGCACAGUCACUUUGUGUUUCUUGGACAAGAGGCAGGCUUGAUAACUGCACUCAUCAUGAUAACUUCACUCACUCAAAGAUAGUCCUGUAUUUUUUCAUGUCCUCUAAAAACAGACUUUCUGUUGAAUGGAGAGUGAUUUUGGACUAGCAACAGUCACAGUCAACAGUGGUGAUGUUCUUUAAAACUAUAGAAUUUUGUGCACAUUUGCAUAGGAAAACAGUGUUUGGUUCUGGACUGGCUUUACCAUGUACAUCUGUUAUAAGAGAUCAAGAAGAUCCUGAGGUGUUUUCAAAUUGCAUUUAAGAGAUGGCUGACUGAAUUUUGUUGCAUUUCGUUGC